AAUGAGUACAUCUUUUCCAUGUUUGUAUGUUUGCUUUUGCAGUAUGGAUUUAUAAACGCGUGCCUGAAGUCUUUGGUGGUUGAAAAGUAUGGUGAAGAAACAUGGGAAAAAUUAAGGCUGCAGGCUGGAGUCCAGGAUUCUUUCUUGACUUUUGAAGUUUACAAAGAUGAGAUCACAAUGCAGCUUGUUGACAAAGCCUGCAAAGUAUUAGGUGUUCCUGCUGACCUUGUUCUGAGGGAGUUUGGAAAGUAUUUCUUUGAAUUCUGUAAGCGCUCAGGCUAUGACCACAUGCUGAGGACACUGGGUGGAAAUCUCUAUGAGUUCAUAGAGAACCUGGAUGCAUUGCACAGCUACCUGUCCCUUUCUUACCAGGAGAUGAAUGCACCAUCUUUUAGAGUAGAAAAGAAUGAAGAUGGGUCAAUGCAUUUACAUUACUAUUCAGACAGAAGAGGUCUGUGCCAUAUUGUGCCAGGAAUCAUCGGUGCAGCAGCCCUGGAUUUUUUUAACAUUGAGAUUUCAAUGAAAAUAGUCAAUCAAACAGAAGAAGAAGAAAGAACUGGGAAAAAAGAACAUAUUGUAUUUCUCGUCACUCAAAACCCUCUAUUUCCAUGCAAGGAAAGAAAAGAAUUUUCUUCCUCAUCUCAAUGUCUUGUUGACUCUGAAAAACAAAUUGAGAAUCAACUGAAUAAAGAGGACCUUGAAAAAGCCAAGAAUGCAAAUGGAGAUGCAGGAAACUCCGUUUGUCCUGUUAAGAAAAGUCACUGGAAAACAUUAAGAGGAAUAAUCACAUUAGGAAAAGGUAAGAUCCUGAGAGGAUUUGAUCCUGUUUAUCCCAAGAGCCUCUGGAUUGACACAAAAACAUUUUGCAAUGGACUUCCUUUUCAUAUGGUUUUUGACAAAGAGCUAAAAGUGAAGCAAGCUGGGGUGAGCAUUCAGAAGAUUGUACCUGGCCUUCAGACCAUGGGCAUCUGCUUGGAUGAGUACUUCAGGAUCAUUCACCCAGAAGUACCCUUCACCAUCUCCAGCAUUCAGAAAUUCAUCAACAGCCAAUUUGUUUUCCAGACUAGAAGAGAGAUGAUGCCUGAGUCAUGGAAAGAGCGGCCAAUGCUAGAGCUAAGAGGGCAGAUGAUGUGGAUGGAGUCCCUGCAGUGCAUGCUCUACCUCUGCUCCCCUCUGCUUCGCACUUUGCACGAGCUGGAGGAGCGGCAGAUGCACAUCGCAGACAUCGCCCCUCACGAUGUCACCAGGGACUUGAUUCUGCUCAAUCAGCAGAGGCUGGCAGAGAUGGAGCUCUCCAACCAGCUGGAGAGGAAGAAGGAGGAGCUGCGGAUCCUGUCGAAGCACCUGGAGGAAGAGAAGAAGAAGACUGAAGCUCUGCUCUAUGCCAUGCUUCCCCAGCACGUGGCCAACCAGCUGAAAGAGGGAAAGCGAGUUGAGGCAGGAGAGUUCAAGGAGUGCACUAUACUGUUCAGUGAUGUGGUCACCUUUACCAACAUUUGUGCCCAGUGUGAGCCUAUUCAGAUAGUUCUCAUGUUAAAUUCAAUGUACCUGAGAUUUGACAGACUGACCACAGUGCAUGAUGUGUACAAGGUGGAGACAAUUGGAGAUGCCUACAUGGUGGUAGGUGGGGUCCCUGUGCCUGUACCCACUCACGCAGAGCGAGUUGCUAAUUUUGCCUUGGGCAUGAUAAUGGCAGCCAAAGGAGUACAGAACCCAGUUUCUGGAAAUCCUAUCCAAAUUCGAGUUGGGAUCCAUACAGGUCCUGUCUUGGCGGGGGUGGUUGGAGAAAAGAUGCCUCGUUACUGCUUGUUUGGGGACACGGUGAACAUCGCCUCCCGGAUGGAGAGCCACGGCGUCCCCAGCAAAAUCCACCUCAGCUCCAGUGCCUACCAGUGCCUAAAACACAAGAAUUUUGAAAUUACUGAAAGAGGAGAAAUAGAAGUAAAAGGCAAAGGGAAAAUGCACACAUACUUUCUCAUUAGAAAUAAAUCUGCAACUGAGAAUGAGAUUAUGGGAAGGCCAGUGAAAGAUUUAGAUACUGGACAUGAAUCUGUUCAGUCCAUUCCAGAAGGCAAGACUGAAACUACACCAAGUUCUCAUCACCAAGCUACUCAGACUCAGCAAAAGAAGGACCAGACCCCAACUGUUGCAAUGAAGUAUGUUGAUGCCCCCACAGAUACACAAAACAGCCUCAAAAGAAGAAAUCAAAUGAAAGUUGGAGAUUUAGCAGGCAAAACUUGUGAUUCCAAAAGCGAUGGGAGUCUCCAUGGCAACCAGCAUGCAGAUGAUGGUCCUCGUCCUCCAAACCAGGGAAGAGUCAAACCUGCUGCUGAAGAGCCACAGAAUAGAAAUGUUCGCUCUAAUUUUUGCACUUUACUCUAAGUUUCUUACUUUUACAUUAAACAGAGACAUUUUAUUAUGAUUUUGUGCAUUUUCCUGUUAUGGGACUGAUUUUGUAUAUGAGUACCACAUGAUUUUGUAAAAAAAAAAAAAAAAGAAAAAAGACAUUUCAUCACAGUUUUCAGUAAAAAUAAAACAGUGGAUGAAAUUUUUUUAUUCCAUCUACAUGGGCCAUAUAAUACUCCCAGUGGAGAAAGAAACCCUUGCAGGAUGCUUUGAAGAUGCAUUUUCAGCCUGUGCCACAUCUUUGAAUAUCCUUGUGUAAAAAUCAUGUGUUGGUAUCUGAUGCAGUGAUCAAGAAAGAGGUGACUCAUCCAGCUAGAAAUAUUCCUACUCAAAUGAGCACUUGCCAUAAAAGAAACAUUCCCUGAAGUGACCAUCUGUCUUGACUCCAGCACAGCCAAAAACUUCCCCAUGUAAGGUUAGCAGCGUUCCACCUAUGCUUUAACUGCAAAAACAGCUUAAUUUCCUAAUGGAUCUUUUGUUGGGUAAAGGCAUUAUGAAAUGGAAGUGCAGAAUAGAUCUAAAAUAACCUGUAUUGUUGCGUCCUGAAGAGACAAUAAUGCAUGCUUGAUAGCAGCCAACAGUGAGAGCAUUUUUGAUCUUUGAACCAGCCAUAGAAGAACGUAGUGGAGUUACAGAGCAUCAGAUUUGUCACAACACUGAAAGACUGUUCAAGGCCUACAACUGAUUUGAGACCUUCAAAUGAGUUUCAAGUUUAUUUUGUCACCCCAGCUAAACAAGAAAAAACAUCAGGACUGCAGAAGGAGACUGUCAGUGCUGGAAUUAAUGUUGCUAGUAUCACUGAAAACAGCAGCAUGAGAGAAUAUUACCUGGUAUCAGAGGCUGCUCAACUGAAAUACUUCCGUGCUGACAUGUGCUUAGAUUAUGCCUGAUCAGAAAUGGGAGAGAAAAAUUGAAGCUCAUUUGUCAGGGAUU